AUGACUUCGACAAGCUUACGCAGACUGCCGAUGCGCAGCGCAGAGCAGCAGCAGCACACGCAGGACGAGAACGCGUUUCCGACCAAGUCGACUCGCUCGUGUUCUGCUCAGAUGGCGUUGGGUACUUCGUCGCCGUCGACGUCCGUGUCGCAGGUAGCUGCGGCUAGUAUCGGAAGGAUGCGCUCGCCGUCCAAGCUGCCUACGCUGAGUGACAUUGCGGCUCGACUGAACCGCGAUCGAGAGACCACACCCAGCAGUUCGCCGAUCAAGCAGCGGCCCUUUUCCACCACCACCACUCCGGACGCCACAGGAGCGGACGCAGCAGCUCGACCAAGACUCGAAUUGACGGGGCGCAUUACAGGAUCACCCAAACCGCCUGCGCAGCCGUACUCCGAUCGCAACGGUCCUGUCCUCUCGUCGUCGGCGGUGGCAGCUUCGGCCUUGGCGUCUCCCUCCAAACUUGGAAAUGGAGAUGCAGGGAGGAUCAAUGAGCAGUGGUCGCUGCCGUCCGUGUCGUCUCCUAAAGCGACGGGUUCGGGCGCAUCUUCUCCGAGCAAACGUAUGCUGGCCAAGGGUCUGCCUAGCCUGGAAGAGAUCCGCGAUCGCAUGGCUCGCAAAGGUUUGGCCAGUGGUGACGAAGGCAGUCCUCAGUUGCCUCUGACCCCGCCAUCGCCCGCCAAGCCGGUGGUAUUCGACAAGUCUCCAGAGGCGAAGCAGCCAUCCGUAUCGCCUGUGACGGCAAAGCCAGCAGUUGCAGAGCAAAAGCCACCAGCCGCUCAAAGCCUCGCCACCAAGCCCGUCGGUCUACGAGUAGCCACAAGCCCCGGUCUCGCUACUCCCAGCGGCGUCCGUCUCAAUCACCCCCUUCCUGCACCUCCCUCCAAGUCCCCCACCUACCCGCUCCAGCACGAAUGGACGCUCUUCUUCGACAGCCGUGCCACCGCGCCCCCUACGCCCGGGUUCGCACCCUCCCCCGCCGACGUCGCCUCAUGCUCUUCCUCGUCGGUGCCUUCGACGCCGACAAGCCUCAGCGCGUGGGAAGCAAACCUGCGCACGAUCGGGAGCUACUCGCACGUCUCGACGUUUCUCUCGUGCUUCUCCAAGCUGCACCGCCCCUCGCAGCUCGAGCGGCACUCGUCGUACCACGUGUUCAAGGACGGCAUCAAGCCCAUGUGGGAAGACCCGCGCAACGCCGACGGAGGCAAAUGGGUGAUUACGUUCCGGCAGCGGAAUGCGGCGCUGGUGGACCGGAGCUGGCUGUGGCUGGUGCUGGGGCUGAUUGGCGAGGAGCUCGAUGGUGCCGAUGAGUGCUGUGGCGCGGUGUGCAGUGUCAAGCCUCGCGGGGAUCGGAUUGCGCUGUGGAUCAAGAAGGGCGUGAGCGGGGUGGAUGGGUGCAAUCGCGUCGGGAGGAGGCUGGUGGAGCUGUUGGAGCUCGAGCGCGAGCCGGGCGUGCUGGUCGAGUUCAGCAGUCAUUCCUCCGCGGCUGGUGCUGCGAAGGAGGGGUUGUGGACGUUGAACAACCCCGUGCAGGUCAUCAGGUCUCCGAAUGUCGCGACAUUCGCCGCGGGCGGUAGUGAUAGCGCAAGGCUCUCUCCAGGCUCCGCUCAACAGAACGCCCCGCUUUCACCGCAGAACAGAACCGCCCGCGCCGUCAGCCCCAACCCCAACCCCUUCACCGAACCGUAUUCCAGGCUCACCGGCCAGCACACUUCCACCACAAACAUGUUCGGCCGCUCCUCCCCCAUCCCCGCCGCUGCUGCCCAACAACCCGCCAUCGGCACUCUGGGUCAGUCGCUCGGCUUGGGCAUCGGCAAUGCUUCGCCCAACUCCUCGCCUAACCUCAGCGAUACCGCGGCACGAACGGGCAGGAAGUUGGUCGGCAAGAACAGCUUUUCGGGCCAGACAGGCGAGAUGGCGUUCAGUUGGAGAAACGGUACUGCUCGCAGCCCCAGUCCUCAGCGCAAAGACGGCGCCUGGCAGGGUGCGGAGAGAAGUAGGAGCUCGUCGCCUUUCAAGCCCUAG